AUGUCAAAUCAACCACAAGUGGCACCCUAUGGUUCUUGGGAGUCUCCAAUCUCUUCUGAUUUUAUUGUGAGUUCUGGUAUUGGAUUUUCCGAUCCAUUGGCCCAUCCCACAGAUCCCAAUGUAUUGUUAUGGACAGAGUCUAGACCACAAGAAAGUGGCCGUUGUGCUCUUGUUUAUUGUAAUCUUGAUCCACAACAAGCAGGCCAGUGCGAGAGCAAAGAUGUACUGCCUCCCCAUGACAGUCCAUUGGGAUUCUUCUCUGCUCGUACUCGUGUACAUGAAUACGGAGGUGCUGCUUCCUUGAUCAACUCCAAAUCUCAAGUCUUUUUCACCAACUUUAAAGAUCAAUCAUUGAUGAAGACAUGUCUUGGUUCGAUCAGCCUUCAUGAACCAAACGUUCCACAGAAAGUGAUUCCGUGUAAACCCAAUACCAGACAUGCCGAUGGAGUCUAUGAUGAAAAACGUUCUCGUCUCGUGUUGGUUCGUGAGGAUCAUUCCGACGACUCUGUCGCUCUUCGUGAACCACAAAAUUUGAUUGUUUCCUUGUUGGAUGUUUCCUCUUCUUCGGGUGUGGUGAGUAGUGGUGAUGAUGAUCAUGCUGAAAUUAUUCUUGCUCAAGGAAUGGAUUUCUAUGCCUUUCCACGUUUAUCCCAAGAUGGUUCACAUUUGUGUUACCUUGCUUGGAAUCAUCCAAACAUGCAAUGGGAUAAUAGCAGUGUCUUUGUGGUGGCAUUGGAUGAAGCAGGAAAACCAAUUGAAACCACACGAAAACGAAUUACUCAAGAAAAUAAUGAAAGUUGUUCACAACCAUGUUUUUCUCCUGAUGGAAAAUAUAUAUAUUUCAUUAGUGAUUAUCCAACAACAUAUUGGACAUUACAAAGAUAUCACUUGGAAAGUGGAAGAGUUGAGAAUUUAAUGUCACACACUUCAAAGGUUGAAAUUGGAGGUCCACUUUGGACAUUUGGUACAGUUCUAUUUUUCAUUGGUUUUUCUCCAUCCUUACCAACAGCCAUGUGUUAUUUGGAUAUGGAGGGAAUGAAAGUUCAUGUGAUUAAGGAAUCUUCCAAACUUGAAAUUUCACAUGACUUCUUGUCCAUUCCUGAGCGAAUUGAAUUUCCAACUACAGGCAAUAGAACUGCCUUUGCUUACUUUUAUCCUCCAAAGAAUGGUCGUUUCAUGGCUCCAGAAAACGAAAAGCCUCCAUGUAUUGUGUUCAUUCAUGGUGGACCUACAUCGAGUGUUCUUCUUGCUCUCAAUUUCAAGAUUCAAUAUUUCACUAGUCGUGGCUUUGGUGUGUUGGAUGUUGACUACUCGGGUAGCACAGGUUAUGGUCGUGAAUAUCGAUUUAGACUUCACAACAAUUGGGGAAUUGCAGACAUUGAGGAUGCAUGUGCGAGUGUUGAGUAUUUAGUGAAAAAGGGUCUAGCAGAUGCCAAUAAGCUUUGUAUCAGUGGUGGAAGUGCUGGAGGGUACACAGUGCUCGCCUGUCUCACACAGAAACAAGUGUUCAAAGCAGGAGCAUCGCAUUAUGGAGUUGCUGAUUUGGAAGCAUUGGCAAAAGAAACUCAUAAAUUUGAAGCAAGAUAUUUAGACAAUUUGAUUGGAGAGUAUCCAAAGAAGAAACAUCUGUAUAUUGAGAGGUCUCCAAUCACUCAUGUCGAUCGUUUGAAAGUUCCUCUUGCCAUUUUCCAAGGUGAUGAGGAUAAAAUUGUUCCACCCAAUCAAAGUGAAAUGAUGUACAAGGCUGUCAAGGAAAAAGGAAUUCCUGUCAGUUACACAUUAUUCGAAGGUGAGCAACACGGAUUCAGAAAAGCAGAGAAUAUUAAGAAAGCCAUUGAUGGAGAGUUUUACUUUUACAGCAAAGUCUUCUCAUUCCCACUUGCCUCAAGCCAUCCACAAGCUCCGAUAACCAUUGAAAAUUUAAAUGACCUCUAA